AAACAUCAGUAACACAAACUCAACGAAUCCAAUCCAAUCUGAGAAGAAGAAGAGGAAGGAGAGAGUGAGGAGGAGCUGAGAAGCAGAGAAGCAUGGGCGAUCCCGGGAAGCUCAACUCCUCAAGCUCCGAAUUGGACCUCGAUCGCCCCAACCUCGAAGAUUACCUUCCUUCCGGCACCUCCAUCCAGCAGGAACCCCACGGCAAGCUUCGCCUGCGUGAUUUGCUAGACAUAUCUCCUACCUUAACCGAGGCUGCUGGUGCCAUUAUCGAUGACUCGUUCACAAGGUGCUUUAAGUCCAAUCCUCCGGAGCCGUGGAACUGGAAUGUGUAUUUGUUCCCUUUAUGGUGUUUUGGAGUGGUGGUUCGGUACUUCAUUCUGUUUCCUGCGAGGGUUCUCGUUUUGACAAUCGGAUGGAUAAUUUUCCUUUCAUCUUUCAUUCCAGUGCACUUCCUGCUGAAGGGCCAUGAUAAAUUGAGAAAGAAUUUAGAGAGGCUCUUGGUAGAGUUAAUUUGUAGCUUCUUUGUUGCAUCUUGGACUGGGGUUGUGAAGUACCACGGACCACGGCCCAGCAUGCGGCCUAAGCAGGUCUUUGUGGCCAAUCAUACUUCCAUGAUUGAUUUCAUCAUCUUAGAACAAAUGACCGCAUUUGCUGUAAUUAUGCAAAAGCAUCCUGGAUGGGUUGGAUUGUUGCAAAGCACUAUUUUGGAGAGCGUAGGGUGCAUUUGGUUCAAUCGUUCAGAGGCAAAGGAUCGGGAAAUUGUAACUAAGAAAUCCUUUUUUUUCAGAUUAAGGGACCAUGUGCUGGGGGCAGACAACAACCCUCUCCUUAUAUUUCCUGAAGGAACGUGUGUAAACAAUCACUACACUGUUAUGUUUAAGAAGGGUGCAUUUGAGCUUGGCUGCUCAGUUUGCCCUGUCGCAAUCAAGUAUAACAAAAUUUUCGUCGAUGCUUUUUGGAACAGCAAAAAGCAGUCCUUCACAGUGCAUCUGCUACAACUUAUGACGUCAUGGGCUGUUGUUUGUGAUGUGUGGUAUUUGGAGCCCCAAAACAUUAGGCCUGGGGAAACCGCCAUUGAAUUUGCAGAGAGGGUCAGGGACAUAAUUUCUGUUCGAGCAGGACUUAAGAUGGUUCCGUGGGACGGGUAUCUGAAAUACUCUCGGCCCAGCCCAAAGCACAGAGAGCGAAGGCAACAAAACUUUGCUGAGACUAUGCUACGACGCCUAGAGGACAAGUAAAAUAUGUUUUUCUCUCUCGUAGUUGAUUUACUUUAGCACGCAAUGCAUGUUCUGCACUCAAUUUCCUCUUCAUAAGAGUAACUGGUUAUGAUGCCCGAUAAGAAGCUGCCUUUUCUAUAAAAGAAGUAAACGAACUACUUUCUCAAUGCCAAGUUGUUUCUUGAAUACAAACCAUGUAUGAAGCUUUGAUUUCCGCAGGGUUUGCUCGAAAUUUUGUAGAAACUUGUCAUUAGUUGAAACAUCUUGGUCUAGUGCUGUGUCGCUAAUUGAGUACGCAUCUUAACAUGAAUGUACCUUUAUGUGAAAUUGAUGAUUAGAUGCCUUGGUCUUGGAUUUUA